AGAGGGCAAUAGAGCUGUUGCCGCAGCUGUAAAUUCAACAAAAAUGUUGCAACUCGCCGAAGAUCCUUGACUUAUCGUGACACUGUCAGCAGAGGAGCUACUACCGUCCAAGAGCAAUUAAAUUAAACGAAGCGACUGCAUUCUCAAAGAACUGCCUGAAGUCAGCUUUACGCAACCCUCGUGGCACGUAAUGAGUACACCCCGUAUCGCUUUCCCUCCGAGCAGUCAACACCUUCUACGCCACUCUGGGCUGCUGCUCUUCCUGCUCUGCUUAUACCAGUGCCCCACUUGCUAUGGGGAGGUCUUUACCUUGGGUUAUCUGACGGGCUCCCAACGUCGACCGGGAAACCUGGACUACCAGCGACCUGGCAUCACGAUUUCGGGUGCUAUAUCGCUCGCGGUGGAGCAGGUCAACGCUGGGAAAUUGGGCGACCUGGGCCACUCGCUCGAGUUCGUUGUGGCGGAGACCUAUGGGGACGAAGUCGCCAGCAUACGACAAACAGCGGCAUUGUGGACGCAGCAGGUGGCUGCUUAUAUUGGACCACAGGAGACUUGCGUUCACGAGGGCCGCAUGGCAGCUGCCUUUAAUCUGCCAAUGAUAUCCUAUUACUGCACACAUAGAGAUCCGUCGAACAAACUGGAUUUUCCGACGUUCGCUAGGACCCGACCACCGGACACGCAGAUCUCGAAAUCAGUGGUGGCUCUGCUGUUGGCCCUCAACUGGACACAGGUGAGUUUUCUCUACCUGGACGAUACCAGCAGUCAGUACCAGCCCGUGGCGGAGACCAUACUCGCCACACUGAGCGGCGCAGGAGUAAUUGUGCGGGAUAUUCGUACGUGGAGCACGAUUUACCAUCACGGCUUUAUGGCCAAUCCGUUUGAUAAGCUGGUGGAUGAAACCCAUGCGAAUACUCGUAUCUAUCUAGUUCUUGGACACUACUAUGAGCACGUGGGUCUCAUGGUCAGCCUGCAGCAGAGGGGUCUACUUUCUCGUGGAGACUAUUUUGUGGUUGGCAUCGAUAUUGAGCAAUAUGAUCCAGUCAAGCCAGAAAAGUAUCUGCGAGGCCUUUUGAUGGAGAAAGUAGAGCCAUUGGCGGCGCAAGCAUUUCAGUCCUAUCUCGGUGUAGUUCCCACAGCGCCUGUUUCCUUCGCCACAUUCGCCAAUGAGGUACGUUCCCCGGGCACGUCCUGGUUAAGCGAUACAUCCGUUCCUAAAAAUACUGCCGUUUUUUCUCGCUACUACCAAACAUUUGUUUUUGUCGUGCUUCUGGCGUGCUCUGUGAAGGUGAACAGGUACAUGGAGCGGCCGCCAUUCAAUUUCCCCAACCCAUUGGGUCUCUUCGGUGGCGCGAAACAGAUAAGCGCUGAGGCAGCCUAUCUGUAUGAUGCCGUACAUCUCUACGCUAAUGCAUUGGUGUCCGUCUUAAAUUCCGGUGGCAGGCCUAGAAAUGGCAGUCUCAUUGUGUCGGCCAUCAAAGGCUCGCGCUAUCUGAGCGCUAUGGGUUAUCAUGUGUACAUAGAUGAAAAUGGAGACGCUGCUGGCAACUACACAGUAUUAGCAAGAGGAACAUUCCGCAACAGUCGCAACCAGACGGCUCUGGGUCUCCUUCCCGUAGGAACCUUCAGCCAUAAGACUAGUAAUAGAACAAGUGAGGCUUUGCCGGACUUGAACUUGUAUCGCAGCAUCAAUUGGGUUGGUGGUGUGCGCCCCGCGGCUGCUCCCCGUUGUGGUUUCGGUGGCGAGAAAUGCGUCAAUUAUACUGGCGAAAUAUCGGCAGGCAUCGCUGGAGGCGCUCUUCUCCUGUUGGGCGUUGUCUCGUUGGUUCUCUAUCGCAACUGGAGGUACGAACAGGAGUUGGAUAGCCUCCUCUGGAAAAUUGACUUUCGCGAGGUUCAGGUUCACGACAAUGAGCGCGAACAGCAGACACAAAAGGCUACACGAUCAACUCAUCCCCUUAUCCGCACCAGCCAGGUUAGCCUGAGCUCUAACCCCGACGCCGACUUUCGCUAUACGACUAUCUUCACGCCCAUCGGACUCUACAAGGGCCAGCUCUAUUCCAUAAAGAAAGUUCGAAAAAAGAGCGUGGACAUCACACGGGAAAUGAAGAAGGAAUUGAAGCUUCUGAGGGAUGCACGUCACGACAAUAUUUGCGCUUUUAUCGGUGCCUGCACGGAACCCCCCAAUAUCUGCAUCAUCAGCGAAUAUUGCACUCGUGGCAGCCUUAAGGAUAUACUGGAGAACGAGGACGUCAAAUUGGACAAUAUGUUCAUUGCCUCCAUGGUGGCGGACAUUAUACGCGGCGUCAUCUACUUGCACGAGUCGCCCAUUCGCUUCCACGGGGCGCUGUGCACGUCCAACUGCCUAGUAGACUCGCGUUGGGUGGUCAAGUUGACGGACUUUGGCUUGUUUGCUUUCAAGCAGGGCAUCGAAGACAGCUCCACGGACAUGCAGCACAUGUCGGCUAAGUGCCUCAAGCUACUCUAUCGAGCGCCAGAACUUUUAAGGCAGGGGCCCUCAUCGAUGGUUAUGGGCACACAGCGCGGGGAUGCGUAUUCGUUUGCUAUAUUGCUGUACGAGAUGCAUGUGCGGCGUGGCCCGUUUGGGGAGACAGGCUUGACGCCAAUGCAAUGCUUGCAGAAAGUAAUGCAGCCACAGGAUCAACUCCAUCCCUAUCGCCCAUCGUUGCAGCCUCUCGAGACCGCCUUCGAUUGCGUCAGCGAGUGUUUGCGGGAGUGCUGGGCCGAGCGGCCCGAGGAUCGACCGGAGUUUAAGACCAUACGCACCAAACUAAGGCCCCUGCGCAAGGGAAUGAGACCGAACAUCUUUGACAAUAUGAUGGCUAUGAUGGAAAAGUACGCCAACAAUUUGGAGGCCCUCGUGGACGAUCGCACGGAUCAGCUGCAAGAGGAGAAGAAAAAGACUGAUGCCCUUUUGCAUGAGAUGUUGCCACGCUGCGUGGCCGACCAGCUGAAGAAAGGACACAAAGUGGACCCUGAGCACUAUGAACAAGUAACCAUCUAUUUCAGCGAUAUUGUCGGAUUCACGGCCAUGUCGGCCGAAAGCUCGCCCCUUCAGGUGGUGGACUUCCUUAAUGAUCUGUACACCUGCUUCGACUCCAUCAUUGGAUAUUACGAUGUCUACAAAGUGGAAACCAUCGGCGAUGCCUAUAUGGUCGUAUCUGGGCUGCCUUUGCGCAACGGUGAUCUGCAUGCCGCGGAGAUCGCCACAAUGUCCUUGCAUCUGCUCAGCGCUGUGUCCGAAUUUAAGAUUCGUCAUCGGCCCACCAAUCGGCUACUACUUCGCAUCGGCAUACACUCAGGUCCCGUAUGCGCAGGUGUUGUGGGCCUUAAGAUGCCACGGUACUGCCUGUUUGGAGACACGGUCAACACGGCGUCGCGCAUGGAGUCGAGCGGAGUGCCGUUAAAAAUCCACUGUAGCUGGCAGUGCCGGCAGCUUCUGGACCGAUUGGGGGGCUAUCAUUACCAAGAGCGUGGCAUUAUUUCAAUGAAAGGCAAGGGCGAGCAGCGCACCUACUGGCUGAUGGGCGAGGACGAAGAGGCCCGCGUGCGUCGCACCUAUGAGCGAUCCCAACGGCGUGGCUCGCGGGCGCUCAACAAGUUCAUCCAAGGUACCAUCAAACAAGCCCAGGAGCACGCCAGUGACUGCGGCAUACGGUCCUCUUUGAAGCAGAAAAACCUGCCACGAAACUCGCUUACUCGAUCCUCUAGUCUCGAGUCGCCAAAGAAGCUGCGCUUCGCAGCUGGCAAUAUGUUGGAGCAUCAUCGAUAUCAUAGUGACGAAGCCUUAUUGGAGGUGGACUCCUACACCGGCCUGCGGCGCUCAUCCGGCGGCUCUACACACUCACGCCAUGACGAGUCAACGCUAUCCUGCCAAAGUAUCGAACACCUCGACGCGCAGGAGCAGCAGCAGCAAAAACAAAGGCCGUUCUCCUAUCCGACGGUUAAUACGCCUCUGCUCUUAAAUCAUGUUGAGGUUUAGAUUAGAACAAAGCUCAUUUCGCAAAAUUGAAGAUUAUGAGAAGUAUUAUAUAAUGGUGUUCAGCUCUUGUCAGUUGCUUUAAGUGUUGUUAGAGGGUGCAUAAGGCCCCUACAUAGUAUGUAAUUUCAUAUAUAUUCUCUAUUACGCGCCAAGCCCAUAUCUCAAGCCGAUCUAACUUUGCUAUAUAUGUAUGUGUAAUAGUAUCAGCAUAUUGUGAGAGUGAUUACAAAUCUAGUCGUUGUAUACAUAAUAAAUACAAUAUUUUAGACAGUAGCUUAGAUUUAGAUUGAAAAUAAUAAUUAGUAGUAAAAUAUACGAUUAUAUAGGUGAAGA